CUCGCAUGACUGUCGGCGAGAUUGACUUGAACUGCCUACUUACUAAAAUUAUACUUACUGACUACAUUUUUUUGCAUUUCUACAAGAGCGAUCCUGCAAAACAAUGAGCGCUAUACGGAAAAUAUAGUACCUAAGAAAGAAACCUUAGUUUUCAAAUGUUUUCAAAAUGUUUUUUGUUCUGAACCAUCUCAAAGGCCCCGUUAAAUUAUAACGGAUGCUACAAAAAGUUUUUUUUUUCUACAAGUCUUGCUAUUCCUUUCAACUUACUUUUAGAGAAAUUGUACAAAUUUGCUAUACAAAUGAACUGGAAGUUGUAAUUUCCUCACAGGGUUUUCUAGACAUUCUCUGACGAUUUGACACUCUGUGAUUGCAUGCAUGUUUAAAAAAAAAAAACACAACACAACCUACGAACGGAUGAGACCACUUAUUGUCACUGGCGUGCGCACACACACGCACUGAAAUUGUGUGUGUGUUGUUUCCUGUCUUGUCUGAGCGUCUCAAUAGUGAAGUACGCCUCGCGAAAAAGGAAACUGUAUGACAUGCAAAAGCAGCAGAAAACAAAGAGGUUUUCACAGAGGUGUUGUUUCUCCAUCGCCAAGGUGAGAGAAAAUGGCUGCUGGGGUGGAGCAGGAUUCUCCAGGCCUUGGCAUUUCCAGUUCUUUCUCGCAGUUGUCUGUAGGACCUGAGCCUUCCCCUGAAGGACCCAUUUUCGUCCACUUCCAAAUAGGUCUUUUUAAAGAGCGAGUCACGGUGCCCAGGGGCCGGCUGAGUUUCAAAAGCGCCAAGAACAUCGCAGCAGAGAUCAUCGAGAAGAAGGCCCCUGACUGGAGUGUAAUAGGUAUCGGUGAGAAGCUGCUGCUUUUUCGACACGAUGCCACAUCCGAGCACCUCCUCCACAGACUCUCAGAGCAACACUACCUGCAAAACGGAGACCUGGUGGAGGUGGUACUUGCUGCUUCAGCAUCACUGACUGAGGUGAAGUUCCGCCCACAUUCGUUGGUGGUCCAGUCUUAUCGCACUCCUACAUUUUGUAACCACUGCGGCGAGAUGCUUUGGGGGAUCAUCAGGCAGGGCUUGAAAUGUGAAGGUUGUGGUUUAGAUUUCCACAAACGCUGUGCAGCGAUGUUGUCUAAUGACUGCUCACGUGUGUACCGGCCAUGUGGCCCCAGUCUGUCACUCUUCCCUCCCUCACGUCGUUCCACUUCCCUCAGCAAUCACUCUGGAGGAAGUCUAGAGGAGAUCAGUCUUUCCAAGCCGUCACGCUCUCGGCCUCCGUCGUGGGUAGACAGGCCCGUGUGGUUGGGAGUGUGUGAUGGAGGCAGACCCAUGGUGCCACACACCUUCCACAUCCACACAUACACCAAACCCACAGUGUGUCAGCACUGCCACCGGCUGCUCAAGGGUCUGAUCCGGCAAGGCCUGCAGUGCUCCGACUGCAAGUUUAACUGUCAUCGCAGAUGUGAGUCGCAGGUUCCACCAGACUGUAGAGUGGAGCGAACUAAUGGAGAAGAGAGCAACUCCACCCCAGGGCCUGAUUCUGAAGAGAACAUGGCUGUGGUAACAGUCAACGCUAUAUACGAAGAGUUUCCCUUUAAAGCACGCCCUCCUGUGGAGGAGGAGCCUGCAGAGCUCCCGUCAGUCGGCCCGUGUUUCAGCAGUAAUAUCCCCUUGAUGAGAGUGGUGCAGUCAGUUAGGCAGAGUAAGAGGAGAUCCAGUGGGAUACUGAAGAAAGGCUGGUUGCUACACCAUACCAAUUUAGAUUCUCUGAGAAAAAGGCACUACUGGGUUCUGGAUGGGAAAAGCAUCACGCUCUACCAGAACGAGAACAGCAGCAAGUUCUACAAGGAGCUGCCUCUGUCCGAAGUGCUGAAUGUUCAAGGCUCCUCUCAGCUAAGCGUUCCUGUGCAGCCGGAUGACACUGGGCACUCGUUUGAGCUCCUGACCAGUUCUGUGGUCUACUGCGUGUUUGCGAACACAGAAGGAGCCGCCUGGGAGUCGGCCAUCAGACUUGCGCUCAUGCCUUUACAGAGCGUCUGCAUCGACACAUCCAGACCUCCAGAUGAUCAAUCCGUCAGUCAAGAAAUCCAGGAUAUUAGUUUGCUGUAUCAGAUUUUCUCUGAUGAGGUGUUGGGAUCAGGACAGUUUGGAGUGGUGUUCGGAGGUACUCACAGAGAGACAGGUCGACCGGUGGCCAUUAAGGUCAUUGAUAAAACACGCUUCCCGGCCAAGCAGGAGAGACAGAGCAAAAACGAGGUGGCCAUCCUGCAGAGACUAUCCCAUCCAGGAGUCAUUGUACUUGAAGGCAUGUACGAGACACCCGAGCGCACUUUCGUUGUCAUGGAGAAGCUCCAUAGCGACAUGCUGGAAAUGAUUUUGUCCAACGAGAACGGGCGACUUCCUGAACGCAUCACACGCUUCCUUGUCAUGCAGAUUUUGGAGGCUCUGCGUUACCUGCACAUGAGGCACAUCGCUCACUGUGACCUUAAACCUGAGAACGUGCUGCUCUCCUCACCCGAUGCUUUCCCUCAGGUAAAACUUUGUGACUUUGGUUUUGCCCGGAUCAUUGGUGAGAAGUCUUUUCGGCGCUCGGUGGUGGGCACACCGGCAUACCUGGCCCCCGAGGUGAUCAGCAGCGACGGCUAUAACCGCUCCCUGGACAUGUGGGCUGUCGGAGUGAUUCUGUACGUCAGCCUGAGCGGCACAUUUCCCUUUAAUGAGGACGAAGACAUUCACCAGCAGAUCACUAACGCUGCUUUCAUGUACCCUCGCCACCUAUGGGCUCUCAUUUCUCUCGAGGCGGUUAAUCUGAUUAACAACCUGCUGCAGGUGGUGGUGCGGCGCAGGUUCAGCGUGGGGAAAGCCAUGGGACAUCCCUGGCUCCAGAACUUCCAGCUGUGGUGUGACCUGCGUCAGUUUGAGCAGCGUCUGGGUCGGCGCUACCUCACUCACGAGUCGGAUGAUGAACGCUGGAGAUGUCACGCUCAGGAAAAAGGCCUCAGCCUCCCUUCUAAUCUACAGACAGAACAGGGACUCUAACACACACUCACAAACACACACACACACACACACACACACACACACACACACACACACACACACAAUGUACAGACUCCAGUGCCCUGACCUGAAGUACAUUUUAUACACACUGACUCCUUUGACACAAACACACACAUGCUGUACAUGUACCAUUAUAUGACUGAAGGUUUGUGGACAUCUCACCUUCACAGUCAUUUGUGUAUGUGGAACAUCUCAGUCCACAUUUCUUCCCCCUUUCGCUCUUGUAGGAAUCUCCACUCUCCUGGGAAAGCUUUCCACUAGAUUUUGAUUGAUGACUUUGCAGGAGCAUCAGAUAAUCUGUACAGGAAACCCAGACUCGAGAUUUUGAUGCGCAUCAGUUAAUCUGUGAAGGAAACUCGGACUCGAGAUUUUGAGGCAUGACUUUGCAGGAGCAUUAGAUAAUCUGUACAGGAAACUCUUCCACUUCCACCUCCAACCACAGAGUUCAUGGAGCUCAUUUUGAGGACAGUUAUGUCAGGUACUGUCAGGCUGCAACAUUCUUCAGGUUCCUCUUAGUUCCAGUAAAAUCUGUUGUAAUGCAAAGACGUUCUGGACAAAUUACACAUUUCCAACGAUGUUUGUGUCUCCAAUGUGGAAAAUGUUGAACGUCUUCAGGACAGAGGAAUUCAUGUGACAUGCUGUAUUUACAUUGUUUGUUUGUUUGUCUUCUUAACUUAAAGAAAGAGAAAAACAGAGGCUGGUGAAGGAAGAACUGCUUAUAGCUGCUAAAUGCAACUGGUACAAUGGACUUAUUCUAAAGACAUAAAAUGUAACUAUAAUCGGAUCUCAUGCAUGUUCCUCAUUAAUAAACAUCUGGCAAACCGGAAUCGGGUUGGGAGUAAUUUGCACAGCAGGUCGGAUCUGGUAUCAUUUAAUGUUCUGUUGAGAUGAAAUGUCUACUUUAACAUGCUCUUAAAUAACCUUUAAAACCACUUGAGUUGACAGAACAGCAAAUGUAGGCUCUAAAGUCAAUCCACGUUGUACGUGACUUAUCACCUUUUAUGUGUAAUAACUUUUAAAUAAAAUACACAAAUAGAAUGAA